AUUUGAUUGAGACCGUAAGACGGAGAACCAUCGCGUCACAUAAAUUUACAUUCAAUUAUUACAAUAUAAUAUUGUAUAAUAAUAAAAAAUACAAUAUUGUUAUUGUUGUUUAACUUAAACUGUAAUUUUUUGUAGCCGCAUAAAUUUGUUUUUUCUUCUUUUCUAUAUUAAAUACAAUAUUAUAUGUUAUUCCAAUCUCAAAAUGAGUAAGUAUAAUCAAAAAAAAAAUUGUAAUACCUACUACUUUUUAGAUUCGGAGCGUAACGAGGAAUUUAUUAAUUUUACUAUGAUGUAUGUUUUAUUAUUUAUAUGUGAGUAUCUUUUCUAUCAGAUAUUUUUAUCUAAAAUAUCAAGUAUGGGCCAUUUUUUUAAAAGGUAAUUUUCUCUAAUUGGCGCAUUCAGUAGAUCAUUUUUUGAUUUUCUAAAGGAUUUUCGAAAAAAUUGGGAAAAACUCUAAAGAAAAUUAUAGAUAAAACGGUAAAUAUUUAUGGCGCUUCGUUUCGUUACCGAUUUUAAUAUUUUAAAUUUGUAUACACAAUAGGAAAAUGACAAGAGACGAUUUUGUUCAUUUUAAUUCAUAGCUACUGACAGUGCAAAUUUUUUCGUUUUCUUUUUUUUUAUAUUUAAAGUAGUUUUCAUAAUAAUUGUAAAGAAUCAAAAAAAAAUAUUAUGAAUUCUUUCAAAUUACUGCACGUUUUUAUAAUUUAAAAUUUGUACAGUGUAUGUUUUACCAUUAAUAUUGCUCUAUUAGAAAGACUACAAGAGCCCUUUAAUCCAGUUGGUGAAUAAGAAAGUCGUUUUUUAAUUUUCUCUGUGAUUUUAUCAAUAAUAAGAGAAAACCGAAAAAUAUGUAAAAAGAACGGGACAAUUUACAAGAAUAAUUAUUUUAUUAUCUUAAAUUUUGUUUUUUUUUUUUUAAAUUUAAUUCAGUUUAAAAAAAUCGUUAACUUAAAGAUACGAUAGUAAACCUAUAUUUGUAUUUUCUAGACGUGGUAAAAUUUUUAAUCCAUUUGAACCAUGUUUCAGUUUUUUUUUUAGACUUUAUAAUUAUGGGAGUUUUUAUAUAAUUUUUAUUUGAUAUACGUACUUGGAGUUAAAAUUGUUAAUACUAAACAGAAAUGCUUGACAAUUUGAAAGGAGAUUCACUAGAUUCACUAUAAGUCAUACUUUGUCCUCAAAAAAAAAAAAAUAAUCAUAAUAGUAAUUGUAUUUUUUUUUUCAAUAAGAAUUCACUGUAAAUAGAAUAUCAAAUUUAAACAAAAAUCGUAAAAUAUUACGGCCUUUCAAAACAUGAAUAACCGAAAUUCACUUCGAAUCGUUUAUUGUUAUCAAUUAUUUAUUUUCGGUUACAGGUAAAAGUAAAAAACUUUAUGCAUACCACCUUCUUAACUACCCACCUACAUCAGUAUAUAACCCGCCACUCAGUAUCAACUCAUUUUUAUUAUUAUUUUUAAAUAUAUCUGUAAUAUCAAAAAAAAAAAAUAAUAAUAACAUGCGAAUUUACAGUAUAUUACUUUUAUGUGUACAAACGUUAUUAUUUUAUAAACAGAAAAAUAUAUAUACAUAUAAUAUUACAAUACUAUAUGGUAAAAUGGAAAAAUUUCUCUUGGGGCUAAAUUAUAUAUGAAACUAUUUUCAAUUAAAAAUGAUACAUUAUUUAUUGAGCAAUAUCAUACAAAAAUAAUAAUAUCUAUUUAUUUAGUGUUAGAUUAGUAUUGUCUUUCGGGCUAACAAUUGGUACAUAUUAUUGUUAUCGUCACUAUCAUAACAUUAUGGUGAUUAUUUUGUAUUUUUUUAUCAGGAUGUUACCGAGGAUGUUUAUGUUUUUUCGCUGCUGUAUUUUCCUAAAAUAAACGUAAAAGCGAAUAGAAGUACCAAUUAUUUAAUAUCGUGUACAAUUACAAGUAUAUGUAUUAGUGUAGUGUAUACCAAUGAAAAACCUAUACAGUUAAUGUUUUCAAUCCCUCUCCGAAAUUUACUAACCAAAAUUCUUAUUUGAAUAUGAUAACAAAAAUCUAGGUAGGAUUUAAUAUUUAAGGGUUUGAAUAUGAUAACAUUAUAAUAUACAUACCAUUUUGAUGAUAUAAUAUGUUUAUUUUCAUUAUAUAUCAUUUUUCGGAUAUCUACUAUACAUUCUGUGCGGGGUUUUUUUUUUUUAAUUGUUUGUGUCUGUAAACAGCUUUUCUACCGGAAAUAUCCCUUUAAUUUUAAAAAAUAAUAUGGUUUCUGAAAAAAAAAUGUAGUCCUGUUGAUAAACCGGGAAGAUCGAUUUUCCUUGUAGUUUUACAAAAACUCAAGAAAACCGAUAAAAACGAUUCCGUUUCUUUCUUGUAAUUCGGUAAAAAAUAAUCGUGGAGGCUUUGAAAUAUUUUGAUAUAUAUAUAGGUACUUCUUGUCGAACUAUUAAUAGGUAUUUGCCAUUUUCGAGAUGUUUUUAACUUUUAAUUAGUUUUAGGUGAGUAUGAAUAUAAUUUAUUGAGUCGUAAAGAACUGAUUGGAAAUUUAACACACAUCGUAAGUUGUACUUAGCGUUCGAAAAAUAAAAAGUUAUACGUAAUAUAGUCGUUCUUUUUUAUAAGUGUUUUAAGUUCGUGAAAACGACGACAUUUGAAAACAUUUUUUAACAAAAUUUCUAUUUUGUUAGGAAUUAUUUAUUGUUUCGUAUAGAUUAGAUUAUUUCGAGUAUCCUACCAACUUAACUUCCCUUGUACAACAGUGGCACACAACCGUUAGUUUUUUUUGAUAAUUUUUUUUUUUCAAAAAUAUAGCAUAUAAUAUAUAUAAUAUUUUUGUAACAUAUAUUAUCACAUAUAUUUUUGAACUUCGCUCAGAAUCAUUUUUCGUUUGUAAUUAUUUAUUGAUAGAUACGAUAAGCAAUAAAUGGACACGAAAAAUUGAAGUUGGAUACUUUAGGUAUAUAAACAGAUAUCUAAACUAAACUAUUCCGGUGUAACUUAUGCCUUCCCAAAGUUGUACCGGUACAUAUAAUACACGGUUGUAAGAAUUAUAUUACAAAGCAAAUUUAAACUGGCAGUGACAAAGCAUUUAUAAGGAAAUUGAAUAGAAUAUACUUAAGAUAUAUUUCCAACGUACCUAUUGAUCUAACGAAGCAAAUAUUCUGAAAACAGAAUUGAAUUUACUAUCGAUUCUAAACUGGAUUGACUCUCCCAUGGUUUUUAUUUUAUCUGACUUUAUUCUACAAAAAAAAAAAAAUCUAAAAUUGUUAGUGUUGAUUAUAAUUAACAUCAAUUUUUUAAAAUAUUCUCAUCACUGAUUACAUAUAGAUGAAACAGGCGCGUGCCUAUAGGAUUAGGCAAUGACAGAGGCUAUUUUUCUCUAGUUAUACACAAUAGCUUGCAUAAUAAAAUAUUUUAUGUAAGAAGUAAAAUUGUGUAUCAUAAAACCCAAAUCACUAUUAAGAUAAUUUUACAACUAGACUUUUAGUUUUAGUUAUGAUAGACUACACAGUGUUAAUCCAAUUCUAAGUAUACCUAUUGUAAAUUUACGAAACGAUAUGCACAUAAUUUCUUCUAAAAAAAGAUGACGUAAUAUUACACAUGCAUUUCAUUAUUUCAGAUGAGAGAUUGAACCCGUUAACCUUAUUAAAAAUUGACUAGCUACUAUUAAAACCGUUGAUAUAAACGAUAUGACUUUACAAGUUCGUAAAAACUUAGAAAAAGGAUUUGUUAGCAUUUAAAUAGGCAGUCAGUCGCAGUUUGAUUUGAAUUAUGUGUUUAUCAAUUUUCGUUUCUAACGCUAUAUAAAUAAAAUGUCAACGUUUCAAAAAAAAAGUGAACAUUUUUCUAAAACGACUUUACAAUUGGGUGAUGAAAUAAACACGUGCCUAUAGGGUUAUACUCAGGCUAAAUCCGGCCACGCCAGUUAAUAUUAUCUGUGGUUUGGUGACAAGAAUGGUCAAUGCCAAACAAAAAAAAAAUAAACAAAAAAAACGUAUUUCAAUAUAAUUAGGGACCUAACGUUAGAUUUUUGGAAAUAAAUUUAAUUUUUCCAUUUUUUCCAUAUUUUGAUAUUCUUGCAGCCACGUAUACCUAUAUAAUAUAAUUAUUUUUUAUAGAUCAAUCGGUACAUAUAAAAAACACCACACAAUUUCUAAAAUAAUAAUAAUGAUGACGAUGAUAAUAAUAUGUUACGCAGUGUGUUGUACACGGACAAAGAACGAAAAUCACCGAUUUCAAUCUUCUUGAUGAAUAGUUUAGAUUUACUAUUAUUAUAAACACUUCGCGGUUUCAGCUAAAUUAUAUUAUUAUAAUACACCCUAUUUUCCGCGGCGAGUCUAGCGGAACCGUCCCGGCAAUUUCCUCGGCAGUGCCACGCGCGGUCACCGUUGUAAAUGGCAUUCUUGUACUUACCGGGCGGCAAAGUUAUUCCAUUGGACAUUUAUUCCGCGAUUGAUAAUUAAAAUGGAUAAUAAUAUAAUAUAAUGGCGAUAUUGGCCGUGCAGAACGUUAAUUGAAAUUUUGAAAUUACCCGUCGUCGCGCGUUUAAUAUGCACAAUCAAUAUAAUCAUUAUACGCGUGACUCGAUUGUUGAAACUGAUGAAUUUCUAUAAUAAGUACCUACACUUAUCUAUGUACCUAUCUACAGACCUAUUUGUAUAUCAUAUUAAAAUAAAAUAGGUACCUUAUUAUAUAAUUAAUUUGUCUUUAAACAUUAAAAAGAAUAACAUUAAUUAUUAUUCAGUUUCACAGUGUUCGUGACAGUUUUCUAGAAUAUGUAAGCAUUAUAAUAUUGUAUAAUUGUAUACGAUAAUUAUCCAUUAUUAAAAUAAUAUAAUUGCUUUUGUUAAAAUCAAAUAAACCGCGCGUAUUUUCCUUUUUAAUUGUACACGCCGACAAGAUCGCAAGAAACAAUAAUAUGUCUGCAUAAUUGUACAACGAUAUGGGGGUUUUUUUUCUCUUUUUAUGUCUCGGCGAAUGUCGCAUAAUUAAUUUCCAUACCUUGUCUUAUGCGCGACGGAUGCGUUUCAAUUAUUAUAUUAUUGUCGAAUGCGCAGACACUUGAAAUAUAGCUAAGGGGAAAUCACCUACCCGGAAAGACCUGAACCACGACACUCGCGGAUAACCACACACUUUUUGAAAUCGUUCAAGAGCGAUAACAAAAAAAAAAAACAAGUUUUUACUAUUCGGAUUUUUCUGAAUGUGAUCCAGAAACGAGACGAUUUGCCGUCGAAAACUAUAAUAUGCUAAUAAUAGGUAUAAAAUGUCCAACAGAAGACAAGCAACGCAAAGCUACAAAAAUCUGUCUAAAAUAGGAGUCAUGCGUUCCCAUACUCCUUAUAUACAAGUUUAAGACUUAAAUAUUAUCUUAGCAUCUCUAUAUUACAUAUCUUUUGUUAUUUAUGAAUUUAUCGUAUGUUGGACUCAGAUUUAUAAGGUACCUUAAAAAAUAACACUUUGAUUAUGGAACUGACAAGAUAUUUUUUAAACAUUAAAUUUGCGUUAUUUACUUCCUGUGUUAGGUACAGAAUAUAUUAUUAUAGUAUCUGCUUCGUCCGAUUGAAAUUUUAUCAAAACCACGGAGAAUUUAUAAUUUUAAUAAAAUAAAUAUUCAAAAAGACCGAAGUUAUCUGAUUGUCAUUCCUGAGGAGACUAGGUUUUUCGAAAUUAUGGAGAAUCCGAGACGGUAUAAUAUUAUUAUGUUUUCAUUAUAUUUAUUAGCGAUCGUAAACUAAACGGCCAGGCAGAUAAUAGUAAUAUUAAUUAUUAUCGAUUUAAAUAAAUGUUAAAAGGUUUUGCAUGACGAUUUUUCCGAAAUGUUUAAUUAUUCAACAAAUUUCUUGCGAUAAUAAUAUACGACUGUAAACACUAUGAUUUUUAAAUGUAGGUACAGAAAAUCGAGAAGCGUUUUUCAUUUUAUCGGCCGAUCAGUAAAUUCCCGUAACAUAUGUUUGCAUAUUUUAUUAUAGUAGGUAUAGAUUAUUCCGUUUUUAUUUUUUUUUAACCCGCGAUGAAUUAUUUAAGUAAAAUGUUUAGUAGUACUCGUAUAUUAUUAUUUUGUUAUAUAUCUGUAACCAUUUGUGGUGGCUGGUGGUUAUAUACGUAUACGUAACUACUGCAGGUAACGGUUUUUCAUGUGAGUGAGUCGAAUAAAAAAAACCCGUAAUAAUAUAGAGAAUUAUACGAAUUCGCUUUUAUUAACCUGACUGCGUUCAUUCCACAUAAAUGUACAAUAUGUUAUGCAUUAGUUUAUUAAAAAAGUAUAUAAAUGCACCGGAACCAUCAUGACACGCAUCAUUUGAUUUUCGACUAAUUUGUUUAGAUAUUCGAAAAAUCACGACGACAUGAAGUGAUUUUAAAAUUUAAUUUUUUUAAAUUUUGAGCGUAUUUAAACUUUAAUUGUAAUUUCUAUCAGGAAUUAUGUGUUAAAUGGUUAUUAUACAAUGUGUGAUAUCACUUGGACACUUUGUCCAUACGUUUUACAUUCUCGUAUGUAGAAACAAAAUAAGCACCGACGCAAAUGGGGUGGAUUUAGAGGUUUAGACUCCCAAAUCUCAGCCAAGCCUUAAUCAAUGUUUUAUAUCGUAUGAUUAUUAUAAGUAUGUAGAUAUAUUAUACACAAUAAAUAUGCUAGGGGUUCAUCCCCACAAAAUAUUUGUGCUAUUUGUACCUAUGGAAUAAUAAAGGCAUUUAAAUAUAAUUUUACACUUAUAGCGACUUAUGAUGACGAUAUAUCCGUCCUGGUUGUGACGCGAGUGAUUAUUUAUAAUACAGUAUUAAUACGUAUAAUAAUAUGUUUUAAAUAUUUUAAUAUAAUAUGGUGAAAAUUAAAAAAUUAUUUGAAUGAUAUUAAAUUCAAGUAAUGCGUCGGAGGAAUCCAUUGGCAGUGAGUUGCUUGCUGGCCGCCGUGAUGCUGAGCACUACCACCACAAUAUCGAAUUCCGAGGACGUUUACAGGAGUUUGGCUUUUGUUUUCGACACAUCUGGCUCCAUGUAUAAUGAUUUAAGCCAAUUGCGUUCGCAAGCCAAGCAGAUUAUGAUGCACGUCCAGAACCAAAAGGACUCGAGCAUAAAACAUUUCGUUUUUGUGCCAUUCAACGACCCAAGUACCUUCUUCUUUUUAUUACUAGAGUUAUCGGUCAUUCCUGUCAAACACCCAAUCCUCCAAUUAUCCCUGUUAGCUGGCUGGUCUUCCAUUCCAUUCUUACUCUCCAUUUAAAUAUUCUACAUUUCUGUUCAACACAUCGUUCUGUCUUAAACAAGAGCGUCCAAGGGGUCUCUUUCUUUCCGGGUUCUAUUACCGUGGUAUUUAUAAUGACGAAAAUUGAUUCUGAUUUCACCAAGACUAUCUGACUAGACUAUAAGACUCUAGAUUGUAUAUGUUCUGUUCCUGGCACUUUCAUUUUUCUUAGUUUCUAGUAAGGGUGUGACUUAUGUUCCCACACCCUCAUAGAAACCAUGAAAUACACAUUUAAUUUCAAUACAUAUUAUUAUUAAUAUUCUUCAUAUAUAAACCACUUUUAUUUUAAUUAAUACACUUAUAGAAUAAGAUCCAUUUUUUUUUUUCUGAACCAAGGCAUCAAAACUUCUUUGAGAUUAAUUCUCUAUGAACGGCUAAUAAUACCGAUUAACUAUUGUGUCAGUUUUAUAUAUUUUAUUCAAAGUUAAGAAAACAAAUAUUAUCAUAUUUAUUAUUUCUAUCGUUUUUUCAGUCAUAGAGUUCCAUAAAUGUUUGAAAACAACCAGCCGUAAUAUGUUAUCACAUCACGUAAUAACUGCGAUUAUAUAUUAUAUAUAUUAACCCAUACUAAAAAACACUACAAAACAGAUAGAAUUUCAUAUUUUUUGGCCAAUGUUAUUGUUUAUUAUUUAUUAUUAAUAAAUUAUACUUCGGAUAUUGGUGUAUUAUUAUUACGAUAGAAUACCGUUAGUGUAGAAGUAUGAAAACGAUACCGAGUCAAAAAUGAUUUGUCAUAAGAAAUUUACAGGAAAAAAUACACGUUUCUAUAAACGUAACAAAAAUCUAGUGAUUUCGCAAUUCGUUAGGAUGAAAUGCCGAUAUUUUUAAUUAUUUGGUCAAAUCGUUUAGGAGAGAAAUUAUCAAUGCUAAAAAAUUCCUUUUUAGAUCUUUUCUUUUUCUUUUCUUUUCAAUAAACAUUUUCAUAAAAUACUCAGGACUUACGUUCUGAAAACCGCAAGUGUUAAUUGUACUUUUAAUAAAAAUCGUCUGCUCUGUUUUUACAAUUUGAAAUUAUUGUUCAUUUAUUUAAAUAAAUAUGUCUUAAUUGAAUGUCGGUCGAUGGUGUUUUAUCAAAGAUGACGUCAAUAAUUAAUAUAACGCGCAUUAUUACGUUCACUGCAAAAAUUCACUUUUAUCGCGUGGAUUUUACAGAUAAAUUCAAACAAAACUCAAGAGAAUACUCGUCGAUUAUUUUUGGCAAAUUCAAUUGUAUUUGUAUACAAUAUAUAUGUAGGUACCUAAUCGUGUUUUCGUUUGUUCCUGUAUAUAUUGUUAAUACAGUUAUCGUAUUAUUAUUAAUUAUUUAAGACGGGCUUUGAAAAUGCAUGUAAUAAUAUAUUACGCGGUGCUUAUUAAAUAUUACAAACGAUCAUUCGAAAACAGUUAGAAAUAAAUUGCUUUUACGAGUGCUUUCGACGUGGGUAGUUUGGCAGAAACGAACAGUUAUCGUUCUUAAAGAACCUAUUGUAAACGUGAUUUUAAAAUAUUUUACUACUCCGAAGUUCCGAACGUAUAUCGUUCGGAGCUUAUUCUAAGGACUUUUUCCUAUUUCGAAAAGCCAAUAGCACCCCAAUUCCUUUUUUAAAAAAAUUAUAAAAUGUAAAAACUUCUUCGAUUUCCAAAUACCAGAAACAAUACGACGAGACAUGAGAAAUGUCUAAUGGGAAUAUUAUUGUGCUUGUUUAUAAUAAAUAUAAACACGAAUUUACGUGAAUAGAAUUUACUAAGAAACUGAACCAGCUUUUUAAUUUUGCAACACGUUACGCGUAUAUAUACUCUCAAAUUUCCGGAGCCAAUUGCACCGAUUACAUUUCCCGUCACAUCCAGUUUUGGUCCGUUAAAACAAGGUCUGCCAGGGUUUCCGAUGAAACUUGCAUUUUCAUUCAUACCAUACGUAGGUACCUACGUGCAAUAUUCGAAUCUAGUUCAGUUUAUUUGCUAUGCGUACUGCAAUCAUUAUAUUUACAUUUUUUCUUUUAAUAUAAUUGACUAUCGGAAUUCUUAAUAAUUUUUUUUCACGAUUGUUAUCAUUAAAAUAAUAUUGUGUCCAAUGUAGUAAAUUUAUAAUAUUGUAAUCUGUAGUUAUUAUUCUUAUAUAUAGGUAAUCGGUUUUCAUUCAGAAUUUGCGAUUUGAACUCUCUCUAUGCAGAUUAAGUACCCGUCUGUACGUGGUAUAUACAUAAUCGACGUGUAUCCAUUGUCGAAUCUAAAUUCAAAAGAAUAUGUUAUCUCCUCAUACACCAACACAUGUAUUAGGUAUAUAAUGUAUACGAACAGCCGACAUUACAAUGAUUUACAUAUUAUAUAAAUUAAUAAUUAUUACACGAAUAGUAGCAGUACGUUAUCAUCACCAUAAGUUAUAAUUAUUACAUUAUCAACAUAUAUAGGUAUAUUUUAAUUUGUAGGCCAAAUGCUGUACGUGCAGUUUUGCAGUUGUAAACCGUUAGUCAAAACAUGUUUGCAACAAUAAUUACGACAAAAAAAUUACACGUUCAAUUUUUAUCGGUGUUCUAAAUAUGAUGUAUUUUAUUAUAUUAUAUAGGUACAAAGAUUUCUUGAACAUUUGUAUUUAAAUUUUUUUUUUCCUAUCAGUCAUUAUAAUCGAUAUUAUGUUUAUAAUAAUAAUAUUUUCAAUAUUUUAGCCUUAUUCCAUUCCGUGUCUAUAUAUAUAUAUAUAUAUAUAUAUUACCAAUGCAUAUAGAUACCAACUAUUUAAAAAUAUAGUAUUAUUUUAAAUGGUACCAACGGUUUUACAUUUUAUUCUUUUUCUCUAGUUAAUAAAUCUCUAAGGAUCUUUAUUAAAUUUCACAUUCAUCUUCCUCUAUCCAUUAAUAUGAAUCUCCAGUUUGAACCUCCACCAAGUAUAAUUCCGUAUUUUUUUAAUCUGAGCAGAGCGAGGAUUGCAUUGGUUUUACAAUGAUGUUUUUUUAUUUAUUUUUUUAUUUGUGAACAACUUGUCUACCAGUAAUUUUGCUCCAAUUCACAACGAUAGCAAUUUUUCUGAAAAUGAAUCUGACUGGGGUGAUACUUUAGAGAAGCCAUUUUUUUCAAUUUUCCCCAGAAUAAUUAAAUUUGAAAAACAUAGUAAUACCGAGAAAAACCGGGAAAAUAGAUACAAUAUUAAACAAAUAUAAAUAAAGAAAAUGUAUAAUGCAUAUGAAUGAUUUUAUCGUAAUAUGACAUAUAUAUACUGUUCAAAAAACAACACUAUUAACCGAACUUCGCUCAAAAUGGUUUUUCAUUAGCAAUAUACGAAAUAUACUACUAAAAUAUUACGAUGUUUUUCCUGUGCACAACUUUUCAACCAGCAAUUUUGCUCAAACUUAUAACGAUAGCAAUGUUUCUUAAAGGAAAAUUGAUUAGGGAGGUACUUUAAAGAGUUCAUUUUUCGAUUUUCUAAGAAAUUUUGUCAUCAAAUUUGAAAAACCGAAAAAAAAACAGAGGAAAAACGGUAAAAUAUAAGAAAUAUUAGAAUUAGUUAAAAGAAUAUAUUACUGCUUUCUUUUUUCCUGUGAACAAUUUUUCUACACGCAUUUAUAAUGAUAGCAAUUUUUCUGAAAUUAAAUUUGACUGGAAAGGUAUUUUAGGGAGGUCAUUUUUCCAUUUUCCUAAGAGUUAUCCCAGCAAAUUUGAAAAACCGGUGAAAACGUAGAAAAAACGGAAAAAUCGGUACAUUAAACAAAUAUUAUUAAAGAAAAUAUAUAAAGCCUAUUUAAUUGUUUUACUACAAAAUGACAUAUAUAUUGCUGAAAAAGCAUCUCUAUCAAUUGAACUCCGCUCAGAAUCGUUUUUUCUUAAGCAACGGUUUAUCAUUGCUUACAGGUAUUCAUUAAAUUAUCUAUAACAGUGGCUGCACUCGUCCCCAUUAUCCUAUGACGUCUUUUUUAUUACACAUCUUUCCAUUUCGUUAUGUGAUUUCUUAGAAGUCUUUGUUUCUAAAUGGAUUCUCUGCUUUUUGGUAUUACCGUUUUAUUAGCUUAUUCUGACUACUAUAUUAUACAAUUAAUAUGUCUAGUCCGUUGUAAUGUAAUCUUCUUCUACUUAUUACGCAUAUUAUACAAUGUAUCCCAUUACCUCCAUCCUGGAUUGACCUGGAAAAUAUCUACAUGGUUUUUUUCUACUAUUAUUAUAUACAUUUACAAUAAUAUAAUAUUAUUACCUAACUAUUUAUUGUUGUCCUGUUAAAACAGACGUGGGUCCUGUAACGGAAACAUUCAAUCCGAAUAAAAUUAUGGAUGAACUCAAUCAUAUAAAAACAGUAGGAGGCUAUGAUUGUCCGGAAAUGAGUAUAAGUGCCGUAAUACAAGCGCUGAAAGUUGUAAAACCGAAUUCGUAUAUUUAUGUGUUCACCGACGCGUCGGCUAAAGAUUCUCAUUUAGUCAACGAAGCCCUGGAACUAAUGCAAAGGAAAAAAUCUCAAGUAAUUAACUGCAAAAAAAAAAAAAACAAAAUAUUAAUAAUAAUGGCGUUUACCGUCUCGAAAAAUAUAUCAAAAGUAUAUCUUUAAAGGUACCUACCUUUUUAUGCAUGGUUAUAAUGAAAAAUAAAUAAAUAAUGAAUUAACGAUAUGAUACAUUGUGUUUACACUUUGUGCAAAAUACAUGAUAAUCCACCAAAUAUACUUCAAAUAACUUUCACGGAAAUCUCGUAUUAAAAAAUUCGUUAAAGUGCGUUCAGAUAAUUUUAAAAAAAAAUUGCGGCCCGUGUAUAUUUUAUACAUACGUGAAUUGCGUCCUGAGUACAUUUUAUACAUACAUAAAUUGCAGCCGGGUAUAUUUUGUAUGAAAUAUAAUAUGCCUAAAUACUUUUUAUUUAAAAAAAAAUACACACAGAGCAACGUAAAAAUGUAAAAACUUAUAUCAGUGAACAUAGGUAAUAUUAUCUAUAUCCUAGAGUAUUACUAUACUAGGUAAUCUUUAAAUUUUUCAGUUAACUGGUGUUUUUGAAAUGUACAUAAAUUGUAGCCCAGAUAUUCUGGUUUCUUAUCGGCUGUACAAUUUAAAGUUUAGUCAAAAUCUACAAUGUAGAUAUGUGUGAAGAAUAUUGACUGGAUUAAUAUUUUGAUGCCCCUAUCAAAUAAUAGAAACAUAAAAUAGACGUAAAAAAAAAAAAAUAAUAAUAAUACAAAUAUACGAUUACUUGAUUUUGAAAGUUGGACACGUAUUACUGGGAACAGUUUGCAGUCUACAUAAAAUGACAUAAUAAGUAUCUAUAUAAUUUAUAAUGAAUCUGAAUCAAAAAAGAAAAUACGUUGGUUCUUAUAUUAUUCUGACGCAUUUCAGAGGAAAUAAUGUUGUACAACAUUCAAAUUUUGAUCGAUCAUUAGUUAUUUUAAUGUUUAUCCUGAAUAAAAUUAUUUUAACAUAUCUAAUAAAUACUAUGUCUUUGUAAAUAUUUAAAAAUCGUUUAUUUUUUCGAAUUUGAAGUUUGAAUUUCGGAAAAUUAUUACCACAACAAUAUUAUUAUAAUAGACGCGGAGUACAAACGUACGCACGAAAUUUAAUUUAAAGAACCUCAAUUCAUAAUCAGAAACUCAUUACACAUUGCAUAGGUAUUAAUAUUAUGGCAACAACGAACGGUUUUUUAUCCACAUCCCUGUGAUGCUGAGAUUCAAAAGAAAUCCCGAGUAGAUUAUUCUUGUAUCAUUAUGCUGGUAAAUAAAACGAUUUUUACUCUAAAAAUUUUAACGUUUAAAAAAUGAUGCAAUAUAUUAAACAGCGUUUCACUUUGUUACAUAUUUUAUACUUGCAACACAUAUAAUUGAAAUAGUCAAAUUGUAAGCUAUAGUUGCAGAAGCUGAGCUAAUCACAAUAAAAAAUAAUUUACUUCUUACUGUCUUACCGGGAAUAUAAUUUCUUUACCUAUAUUUGUGUAUUACCUAUUCAUGAUUAUUCAUAAAACAACUAUAUAGUUAACUUAUUUAUUUAUUUUAUUUUAUUGAGAUAACACGCUUUACAGGUUACCGACUUACUAAUUUUUACUAAAUAUAACCAACGACUUACGUCUUUUACAUCGCCGGUUCGCACGUUACAUUAUAUUGUCAUAACCGUCGAUCGAUUUCGAUUAAGAAAUAUUAUGCGAACACAAUAUUAAUUUAUAUUGAUCAAUUGCCGAAAGUCGAAAGAAUAUUUUUCUUCUUAUCUAGCUUAUACCCCUUUAAAAGCUUAUAGCACAAUGUUAACAUAAUUUUCUUCCAUCUGUCUCUUAUCUAUAUAAAUCUCUAUAAAUCUCUUCUUCCCGAUGAAUAUUUUAUAUUUUCUCCGGAUUUUCAUUAAUUCCGUCCAGCCAACGCUUUUUGGGUAUAUACCUUGGCUUUAUCUCGGUGACCCGUCAUUUUUUAGACCUAUAAUAAUGUAAAUUGAAUACAAUUUUGUUUUUUUCCAAUUUAAUGGUUUAGAUAUAGCGAAUAUAGUAUGUCUAGAAAACCAAACCGACGCUAUUUUUUAAUUAAAGAAUUAGCCCAUAUUUGGUGGAUUAGAAAUAGAUUAUUAUAAUCAUUAAAUAGAAAUUUUCCCCAAAAAAAAAUUUUAAAUACACAACUAUUAGUCACUUUGAUAAAAUUUGUUAUGCACGGCAAUUUUGUUACCUCACCAGCUCAUUAUUAAUAUGUGUAACUGUUCAACAUCAAAAGUCGCACCAUAUAAUACAUUAUUAUAUCUUGAAAUAAACCAAUAUGUUGAGGAAAUAAAUGAUUCUUGUACUAUAUGUAAUAUAAAAUAGUUUGAUUAAAAUUAAAUCCGUACGGCGCGGUGUAACAAAGUUUUUCGGCAAAUACAAUAUUUUGUAUUAUCAAUCACGGGUAGAUGCGAAUGUUAUUAUAUUAUUAAAUUAUUAUUGUCUAUGUCAAAAACAAUUUUAUAAAAUAAUCCGAUUCGUCGUUAAAUUAUAAACAGUGAAGACAGCUCACGUGUUAGUAAAAAACUUCAUGGCGUGCGUUACAUCAAAUCAAAUUAUAUAAACGAUAUGCGAACCGUUAAUAUAAUUAUUCACAAGAUAAGUUUAUAAUAUAAUAUGUAAUUUGUAAUUUUGUAAAAAAAAUAUCGUACUUAGGUGAUCGUUUUGAAAACGGGAAGUUGCCACGAUAUGGACACAAGCUACGAACGUAUAACGUCGCUCGGAUCGGGUAACGUGAUCAACGUGGACAAAAAUGAUUUAACAAAAGUGUUAGAGUUUAUAAAAACGUCGAUGAAAAAGAACAAGGUAAAUUUGCUGUCUGUGGACGUACCGAAAGUUCAAAUAAAUAAUCUGAAUCCGUGGCUCUUGUAUAUCGACGAGAGCAUCAAAAAUGUUUCGAUAUCCGUGUCUGGUAUUAAUCCGAGUAUCAAGCUGCUGAAUCCCAACAAAACUAUCACUAACAUAAUAAUCACUCUGAACUUGAAAAAUAUAAAAAUCGGAAAAAUUAUGGUGAGUUAUGCAGCAAAUCAAAUACACUUUUUCUUUAGAUAAUAGGAAAUCAGAGAAAAAUAUAUCAAUAUGCAUGAAUAAUACAGCCGAAUUUAUUGUUAAUCAAUGGCGAACGCAGGGCGAGGGGGUAGGGGUUUAAAUUUCUUCCGAUUUAUACAUCACCGUUUAACUAAUAAUAUAUAAUAAAUUAAUUUGCAGCAACACAAAGGUUAAAAGUUAAACGUAAUAGAUUUUUUUGUAACCCUCCCCCCAUUCUCCCACCAAAAUGUUUUUCUGCGUUCGCUCCUACCGUUUAUAAUAUAUUAAUGUUGUUAUUCCUAUUUAGGACCCCAUACCCGGCAUAUGGGAAUUGUGCGUAACCAGUGAUUCCGCUCACUCAAUUCGCGUGGUUGGCGAUAGCGAUAGCUUGAACAAUUUCAACUUCGGAUUUUCUACAGCCCAACCGAAUAAUAUAACACAAACGAGUCAUAGGCCGCUUAGAGGUACUUUAUUAUACAGGGUGAUCGAAUCUCGAUAAGGCACUCAUUAUCUUGGAAAGUAUUAUCAGAAUUUUUUUUUGGAAAAUAUAGGAAACAAGUUAACAAUCAGCUCUAAAUUUUUAAAUUUUCGUUGUUUUUUAUCACCCUUAUUAUUGGAGGUAAUACAUUUACCCAUUUUUUUUAUUUUAAAAUAUAGCAACCUAUAUUGAAAGUUCCAUAAAUCAAUGGAGUAUUAGCUUAAAUAUAUUUUGAUGUUAAAAUUGUUGUUUUCCGUCAAGUCAUUAAUGAGAUAUUCUACUUUUAAGUUUUGAUAGGGGGAGAGUAGUGAAGCACAUAAAUGAGGCUCAACUAAAAAUCUUUCUAAUAAUAUAGAAAUAAAAAAUAUGAUAUGAUGAUGGCACGUAAAAAAAAAACACAUGAGCAGCAGAGCUCCGUCAUUAAAAUCGAGUUUUCCCCAACUGACUUAUUGUCGUUAAAUGUUUCAUGGUUUUGUUUUUUGUUUUUUGGCUUUUUCAAUGAUAAGGAAUUUAACAAAAUAAAGUUUUAUCAAGAUAGAUAAAGUAGUUUUCGAGAUUUUCACUAAUAUACAAACAAACGAUGGGGUCGGAGGUUAGAAGAUCAAACCUUCUAAAAGCAUAUUCUUGAUACUCUCCCCAUGUAUACACAAAAUGUUAUCCUCUGCAUUGAAAAGGUCUGUUUAGAUGUGCAAAGCUAAAAAAAGCACUAUCGUCUCGCAACAACAUGGUAAAUUGCUUAUUUAAAUUCAACCGAAAUUGUAUCAUUGUAACCGGCCUAAAAAAACUACCUCUAAUUUCCGAGUUUGAGAUUUUCUUUAUUUACGAAAAAUGUCCAAAUGUUUAGAGAAAAAGAUAUAUAAACAUAAUAUACAUACUGUGUAUUCAUACACAAUAUAGUCUCUUCCUUGGAUGAAAAUUGUCAAUGAUAGUAUAACAGUAAAGCAAUUUAGUAAAAACACUAUUUCUUAAAAAUAUCUUACAUAAAGAAAAAAAACAAUCUUUUAAAAAUAAAAAUAUUGAAAAUGUUAAAGUAAAAGAUAAGCACAGCGCGUGCACUCAUAAACAAUGAUUCCAUGAAACGAUUCGGUGCCAGUUAAGAAACGUAUUUUAAAAAAAACAUCUAAAAUGUGAAAUAUCAACAACGUACCUAAGUAUUAUACUACUGCAAUAAAACUUGAAAGAAUGCCAAAAAGUAUUUCGAUAAAAAAUCAUUUUUAAAUCAUAACUCGCGGCUAUCUAGGUACUUUGAAAAAUGAAAACUCAGAGAUAAUUGCAAUUGGUUGGGAAAAAGGUGUUGUUAAUAACACUAAAAAAACAUGAUACACGGACACUAUUACAUUACCUUUAUUACGUUUACUGGGCACGUUAUCAAAAUGUUUAUUUUGAAUACACUGGAAAUUGGAAUAAUGGUGUGCGCCGAAUUUAUUUAACCUAUACUGAUAUAUAUAUAUUUUUAAAAUGUCAAUAAUAACAUGCACAGGUAACAAAAACUACGUACUGAUUGAUUUUCCGAAUAUUCAAGAAUUCAAUUCUUGCAUGAUACAAGAUUUGGACAAUAAACAAACGAAACCGUUACCGAUUUUCCCGACCGGAAAUAUAUUACUGUGCGGUCCGUUUUUGCCCGACGACAAGCCGUUUUACCUUCAGGUCAGUGGGCGAUCAAAUGAUUUUUUUAUUAGACAAACUAUUGUUUAAAAACUAAUACACGACAAUGUAUUAAAAUACAUUGCGAUAUACAUACAAAAUAUAUAAUAUGAUUGUCAUGUACUUAUACUUGUGUACUCAGUAGCAGACUGAGACAAAAAGACCCGUGGCCCUUCGAGGGCUUUUUCUUUUUUUGAAAAUCUGAAAUACUUAUAUAUAUAUAUGUCAUGACAGUUAAUAAUUAAUAUUUGAAUAUUCAAAGGUUUAAUAAUUUAUCUUCGUAAUUAUUAACAUUAAACCCUUUGGGUUAAACAAAUAGAAAAUAUUAUAUAUUAUAUGUACCACGUACUAACCCAUUAAACCCUAUUUUGUGAUUAAGUACAUAAAAUACAUUAUAUUACAUAAUAUAGACUAUGAGUAUCUACUAAGUACCUUUCAAAGAAUCUAAAAACUAAAACCUCAUUAAAACAAAAAAUUAAAUAUACACAAUAAAUAAAACCAAUGUAUGUAAUUAUAAUAUGUGGUAAAUAAUUAAAAGAAAAAAAAAUGUUGAACUUUCAGUAUUUUCCAUGGCGAUUUGAUUUAUUUUAUUAUUUCGUCAAAGACUCGCCUGUUUCCUUUUUUUUUUUUAUGGUUAUAUGAUCGUAUUUAUUUUUUGAUGGCAAUUUUUUUAAUUUGAUUCGCCUUUAAUUUAGUUUUAAACUUAGGACCCGGGGAGUCUAGUGACAGUUGUAUCUUAGCACCCCGGGCUAAACCGGCACUGUUUGUGGUAAUUUACGCGUAUUAUAACUUAAUAUAAUGACAAAAAUAUCCUUGGCGCGAUUUUUAAUCGAAAAUAUCGUUUUUGUACGUAGUUAUAUUAUAUGGCAUCUGGUACAUUUGCUUAAAGUAAUUACAUUAUUAUUAUUAUAUUUUUCAAAAAGAAAAUAUUUAAAAAUUAUAUUGGAACUGGCGGAAAUUCGUGUCGCAUUCCAGUGUUGGCGGCUUUACUUAGUCGGUUUCACCGCCGACCACGUAUUACUUUUAAGUUUUAAUUUCACACAUUUUUGAUUAUGCCAGAUGAAAUGAAAACCUUAUUGUAGGUGUAGUAAAAAUAAAUGCCGUUCUCCAUUAUUAUUGAUGGAUACAAAUUUUAAUUUGCAUUUUCACACUGCAUUUUAUGUCUGAAUGAAACAAAAUCAAUGUCAUAAUAUUUUCUCUAAAUAUUGAUUUUGCUGAUUUUGAAAGAUAGUACGUUUAUAGCUAUUUUAGCAGUUUGGUUUACUGAACGAUAACUCUGAAUGGUUGUCGAUUUCAUUUGGAAAUAUUGCUUAGCUCAUAUAAUUUACGGGACGCAACUAAUGUAUGAAGACAAAAAAAAAACCGGGACGCAAUUCGUAUGCAAAUUACCUUUCUUUUCGCCCAAGUAUGAUAAAUGAUUAUCUUCUUUUAGCCCGUAGUUUUACGUUCAACAAUUUGGCAAACAUAUAUAGAAAUAAUUUAUUUUAGACAUUUGGUUAUCAAUUUAUUGUUACUUCUCGAGUAUUUUUCACUACUUGUACAAAUUAUUUACCCAGAGAACACCACAAAGAAAUGACUUCUUCGAUUUUAUUAUAAAACAGAUAUAGUUUAAUAAUAAUAUUAGAAUGUUGGUUUAAUAACGUAAUCUAUAUUAAAUACCAUUAAUACAAAUAGACUAUAGUCGAUAUUGUUACAAAGUGCAUACCAAAACCCGAUUAUAAAUAUUGAUCGACUAAAAUAUAAUGAUUUAAUCUUAAGCAUGUUCUCGUCACCUCGUGUAACAAAAUGCCUCGAGAUAUUUAAUUAGAUAUCAAAACAAAUAUACAAGUAAUAUAAACCAUAGUUAAAAUUUUAAUUUUAUAUAGAUUGAAAAUAUUAUUUUUCUUGUUUAUUCCUUGAGGGGUCAUUGUUAAAUGGCUUUAUUAUUUUGUACAAAUAAUGUAAAAUACCGAAGUCAUAAUAAAUCAAUAAGCAAAAAUCCAACAGAAAUAAUUAUGACGAAAAAUAUGUUUAAAUUUUCGAUGGGAAGUAUCCGGGUAUUUGCCGACGUUCGAUAAUCUGUAUUUUCGGAUUAUCCAGAUUUAUUUCACAUCACUAUUUUAAAUUCCUUAUUUAAUCUUAAAACAUGUACGAAAAAAAUGUCCAAGUGAUAUCAUAAAUAGUUUAGGCACAACUUAACCACACGCCAUUCGUUCUUGGUUGAAGUCAAAAAGUUAAAAAAAAUUUAAAUUUGAAUUUUAUCCGUGUGUGUGUAUGUAUGCCGAUUAUAGAAAUGUGUGUGUGUGUGUGUGUGUAAUGCUAUAUAAUAUGCAUUGACAUUUUUUUUUUUUUGCUUUACUAGUGUUUUUGAAGUAUGCAAUUAUUUCUUUUCAAAUUUUCCGCUGCACACGAACACAACAAUAAUCGUUGCUCGUGUUAGUACGAACAAGAAAACAUUCACGAUCUCAAUAACAGCUAUAUAGGUACCUAUAAAAUUAGUAUUUACUAAUUGCAAUGCUCAUAGUAAUUAUAUUAUGUUCAAUUGUCGUGAUGGGUCAUAUUUUUUUUACAUUUGUAUAAAACUCAAUUAGCGUAGGUAUUUAUACAGAAGAAAAAAUAUAAUAUUAUUUUGAUACGAUUGAUAUUUAAUUAUCGCAGUAUGAAUAGAUACCCAAAUACCCACCUUAUAUUGUGUCUUCAUAACAACGCAUGAUAAUAGUUGUACAAUUUUUCAUACCUAUUUGGAUUUGGAUAGUUUUUCAUCGUGUAUUUUUUUGGUUUAACGGUACUGUGGCAUUAUGUCGAAACGAUGAUGACGGCUACUUCUUAUAAAUCGACCAGCCAAAGGAUGACGCAGAAUAUUUUAACACAAAAUAUUCAAACAGACCAAAAAUAUGUUAUUAAACACUUUCGAUUUUUGUGAAACAAUACAUAUUAUUAUUAUUUUAUUUUUUUAUGACAAUUUAUAUAGAUAAAUGGCAAAAGCAAAAACGGACAUUGCUUCAAACGGAUUACCCAAAUGAGCAUAAUUUCCGCCAAACCCGGUAAAUAUUAUGUUCCGCGCUUUUUCGUAUCACGAUAAAAAUAAUAUUAUUAAGUAUAUACUGAGUGGUCCUCUCCCCUCCCCUCUGUGUUUGACGGGUUAUUUUAGAGCUGUUAAUAUUCAAUUUUUUUUAAAUCACUUUUUCAUUCUGCUUUUCUUUGAAGAGGAUAUCUGUUUAGAGAAAAUUAAAUUACUAUUUCCAUCCCAUAAUUACUGAAAAAAAAAUUUUUAUUUAUUCACUUUACACAAUUUUUAAAAUAUUUUAUUACUUUAAAAAUAUUGAUGUACAUUCAUCAUACAUUAAUUUCAUUAUCAAUAGUUUUUCUUAACUAAUAACUCGAUUCACAGUUAUAAAGUUAAAAUGUUAGAAAUUAAAACUACUGUUAAUAAAAAACUAUUGAUCUGAUAUGUAUUUACAUUUAAAUGUUCAGAACAAUAUAUUUUACAAAAUGGCGAUUUUGAAAAUUGUAUAUGUGAAUAAAUAAAAAUGUAUUAUUAUUAUUAUUUUUUUUUUUUUUUUUAGUGAAUAUAUAUUAAAAAUCAUGUUAUUUUUACAUACUUAUGUAAAUAUAUUGUGCGCUUUUCGUGACUGUUUUAGAUUUGGAUAGUGAUAUCAAAAAUUGGUACAGUGGUUUUCGAUAUUUUGAAAUUUGUUGUAAGCUCUAAGGCGAUAUUUCUUGAACAUAUAACAAUAACAUAGAAUAUAUUUAUUUUGCCUGUAAAAACGAACAGAAAAAUCAAAAAUCAAAAUUCUAACUGAGGGUAAUAUUAAAGGCUGCUAGACGAAUGGAAAACCUCAAUAGUGAUUUUCGAUAUUUUGACAAUGUUUUUAAAUUUAAAUGCUAUACACGUCCGCAAAAAGCGUAGAAUAUAUUAUUUACCGAGUAGGUGAAAAUAACGUAGCAUUUAUUUACCCCUCACAAUGCAUUUUAACGGUGUACGUAAAUAUAGGAAAUAUUUACCACCUCGAUAUUUUUACAAAAGGACAUAAAUAUAUAGGGUGUUUCACGAAGGUAUACACCCAUAUAGUAAUAUCUCCGUAGAUAAUAAAAAUAGAUAAUCAAAUUGUGUUUCUUUUAUUUUUAUUACACACGGGGAAAGGAUUACAAAUAUGUAUAUUCGAAUUGAUUUUUUAUGUUUUCAUGAAAAAACUAAAAAUAAAAUAACUUUUUGAAAACAAUUAAAGAUAGUCAUUUGUAUAGAGUUUAUUCUUCUGGGCAUUUGACGUAUCAAGUUUUGAUUUUCAUUAAAUUCGUGAUUUUUAAUAAUUUUAUAAAGUCAAGAGAAAAAAAGUGUGCAAUCAAUGAGUCAUAAUAAUAAUAAUCUAUUAGCGAAUGCGAUUAUAGCCUGCUGUAUAAUUAUAGGUAUUUUUCUCUAAACUUCAAAAAUGUAUUAAAAAUCACGAAUUUAAUGGGAAUAAAAAGUUGAUGUUUAGAAUGUUCAAAAGAAUAAAUACUCUAUCAAUGGUUAUCUUUAAUUGUUUUCAAAAAUAAUAUAAUAAAAACUAAUUACUUUUAGUUUUUUCACCAAAACAUAAAAAUUUAAUUCAAAUAUACAUAUGUAUGUAUAGUCCUUAUUCUUGCGAGUAAUAUAUAAUUAUACGAAAAAAAAAACAGAAUUUGAUAAUCUUUAUUAUCUCAAGAGAUAUACCCGGACGUAGAAUACCCGGUAUAUGGCGGUAAAAAUAGCCUAUUACAUGGUUGAUCACCGCGAAACAUGCCUUUAAAAAUAAUACAAUUCUGAUCAUUUACGUAGAUGUGCCGUACUUAACUAUGCGAAAAAAAAUACCCGUCGAACUCGGUGCUGAACUGAUCAUUAACUGUCACGUCGAAUCGCUGGUACCAUUCACUGUAACGUGGACGUUUAACGGUCACAAGAAACCUCCUUUGUAUUUCAAGUAAGCGAAAAGAUUUCUCAAAGGCGGAUUCAGCGGUCAACGUACUUACCAGAGGCGCACUAUUAUGGGGCUAGAAUGUAAUUGUUCACGGUUUGUUUUUUUCUUUUUCGAAAAAUUAGUGUGCGAUUUUAUUUUGGUUGUCUUAUCAGAUUUAACGUAAAUCUCAAACAUUGAUUUUUGUCAUAAUUACAUUAAUUUUAAUGUAUUUCGUCUUUAUCUCGACAUCAUACGGUGAUAUCGUACAUAUCAUGCGUAUAUAACCAUAGUAUGUUAUACAAUUUUUUUUUUUUGGUAAGGAUGUGGAAAUUGUCCUACUGGAUCCUCCAUUAACAUAUAUCCGUACAAUAUUAUAUCGAGGAUUUUUUUUUGUAAUUUUAUUUUCAGCCAAAGUUCCGGAGUCGAAAUUGCCAUUCACAACGUGAGUCAACAACACGUGGGCACAUAUACAUGUGCCGCACAAAAUGUGCUGGGCCAUUCGGAAACUAUGACCGAAGUCAUGAUAGUUGGUAUGUACGAAUAAAAUAAGUUUAAUUAAGUAUUAUUAAUCUGAUUUUUUUCGACAUUUUAUUAAACCGUAAUACGUAACGACCGGACAGAAAGGGUACAUACAAUUGUUUGAUUUAUAUCUGUAAGCAACAAUAAGCCGUUUCUUACGAAAUAAAAUUCUGAACGAAGUUCAGUUAUAUACGUUUUGAAAUGCCAUAAUUUUUAAGAUUUUCUUCUAAAUUAAAUCUUAAAAUUCUUAUAAAAAAUAUCAAAAAUACACUAAACUCAAAUUUAUUUUUUAGAGCACUAAAUACAACUUAUAAUGUAAAUUAUGUUAAAUAUUCAAGCAUUUCUUUUAAAUCGUUUAAUUUUAUUAAUAGAUACCUACCAUAUAAAAACACGAAAAUAUCAAAUGUCUUUAAAUAGCCUAAACAUAGCUAGAAUUUUUUAAAAAUUUUACUACGUCUUGCACAAUUAAAGCACAAAAUAUCAAACACUGACUUUCUUAAUCGUUAACCAGAUUCAAAAUUAAAUAAAAAAGGUCACAUGUCGUUUUUUUAUUUAUAACAAGAUUUCUUGUGGAAAACACAAUGUUAAAUAAUGAAAUCGUAACGCAGCACCAUGCCGUCCGUUUCCAUUUUACGUAUUUUUUUGGUUUUACCAAUUAUUGUAAAAACUGCUUGGAAAAUCAAAAAAAUUACUUGAUACAAAAUCAGAUAAAAAUUGUUUCUUAUCAUUUUUUUAUUGGAGCAAAACGUCUGGUAGAAUAGUUGUUUACACACAGAAAAAAGCGCAUACAUCACAGUAAAACCAAUAUAUUCCUUGUUCGCCCCGAAUCUUAUAAAUAUCAUAUCUCCGUGACUAGUGUUAAACUUCCCCCCCCCCAGUUGAUUCAUUGCUGUUACAAUAUUAAAAGAAUUAAAUAGAAAAUUUUUAUUAAAAUAGGUAAAGUAAUUCACGAGAUUUUCGGUGACAUACAAGUAGAUGGUGUGAUUAGAGGUUGAAAGUUCAAACAUUCUAAAGGCACUUACUUGACAAAAAUUUCAUAUAAAUAUAAAUUUUAACUAUGUAAUUCACUUUCAUGAGUAUGUAAAGGUAUUUAAAACCUGCUUUUUUUUGCGAAAACAUGAAAUUUGAGGAUACAAAUCGUCGAAUACACCAUGUUACUGUUCCUAGAUUAUAAUAUUUUUUUUCAACUACUCGAUUAUAUAGGGUUUCACAUAAGACAUUUUCUUAUUGGAUUUUAUCAAAAUCAAAUUUGAAUCGAAUGUAGGCCGGAGUUUGGUUUCAGGGAAGAAGGGAUAAAGUCAAUUUUGUGAAGUUUUCAAUACAUACGAAAUAAAUAUUUUUUGAAAUGUAUACAUUUGUAAAUAAACUAAUAUACUAGUCACUAAUGCACUGUUAUGUAUACACUUAUUUUAACAAAUUAAUAUACUUAUACAAUUUAAACCAAAAAAUGAAAGGAGAAAAUCACAUCAGAUAAAAUUAUAAAAAAAAAAAAAAUUACAAAUAUUUAUUUUAGCCCCUCUUUCCUGGGGCCAAAUAUAAGUCUGUCAUAUAAGUCUACACAAACAGACCUGUAUUAGACGGACAGAUAUGAUCAAGGACCGUCCACAGGAAUUUGUCAAGUGGGGGGAGCAAAAUAUUAUACUGUCCCUACUUGACCCUCCUACGGGACGCUCUCUAGAUAUAACUAAUGAAUACCGAAACAAAAAAUACGUUUAUACAUCAGCAGCAUAACGAUAAAAGAAUAUUAUACAUUUAAAUAAAAUCCGUAUAACAUUUAAAACAUUAUGUAGACCGUGAUUAAUAAUUAUGUAAUGCAUUACUGGCCUAUCUGUAGCCAAUAUAGUAAAAUAGUUUUAGAAUUCUAUUAUAAUAUGACGUCUAGAAAGAUAAUAUCACUAUGACACUUUAAUAAUAUUAAAUAGUGUCUAGUGCUUAUAUAGUUAAUUAUAUUAAUAACCAUCAUCUAUAUUAUCAACUAUCUAUUCUGAAUAAUAUAAUAUAAUUCAAUCAAUUUUCUUCCGUCUAAGGAUCCUGUUCGUGGCUAAUUUACAAAUUUUUAAUACUUACAAUCAACGACAUCAAUAACAUUUCAACGAUCGAUUGAUCGCUUUUCACCACAGCCUCUUCUUUAUUAAGUUUCGGACGAUCUGAUUAAAUUUAAUAACAAUAUUGGAUUUUCAAAAUAUUUAAAUAUUAAAUUUUCCUGUGUAAACAUUUUGAACUUGGUGAUAGUAGCAUAAAUAUCAUAUAUUAUUAUAGGUAACUAUCGUGCGUUGUGUUUUAUUUAGAUAGCUAUAUUUUAGAUUCUGAGCGGAGCGAGGAAUGUAUUUGUUUACAAUGACCUGUGCGUUUUUUUAUUUAAUACCAUAUACAAAUAUUUAUUUUUUGUGUCUGUUAACAAUUUUUUAACCAGAAACCUUACUCCAAAUCAUAAACCGAAACGAUAAAUUUUUGAUGUAGUUGGAACAUUGGAGAAGUCGUUUUUUUUUUUAUUUUCCGGUUUUCAAAAAAAUUAGAAGCCACAAGGAAAAACGAACAAAUAUUUAUGGCGUUGAAAAAAAAUUAUUUUAUAUUUUUUCGAUUUCUUUUUCCUACUGAAAAUUUUAAACCGAAAUUCAAGUGUGCAAUAUUUUUUGAAAGGAAAUUUUAUCAAGUUGGUACUUUAUGAAGGCUAUUUUUUGAUUUUCCAAGCGGUUUUUAUAAUAAUUGGGAAAACUGGUGAAAUCAUAGGGAAACCGGAACAAUUUACAAAAUUAAUGCUUUUAUUAUUUUGAAUUUUGUUUUUUUUAUAAUCAAGUUUAAAAUAUUCAUAGAGACCAUUUGGAUAGAAAUAUUAUAUUUGCCUUUACUAGACGUGGUAAAAUAUCUUAGAAAUUUCUGUUAUUUGUAUGCUAUUUAUAGAGAUUAUAAUUUGCUAGUUUUUUUUCGUAAUUUUUAUUCGGUAGGUACUCUAUGUAAAAUUGUUUGACCAAACACAAAUGCUUGGUUAUUUAACAGGAAGUUCAUUACGAAUUAUAAUAAGUGUUCAACAAGAAGAAGUUGGGUUUAAUGUAGUAUUUUUUUUUUUUUUUUUUUAAGAAUUUUAAUAUUAAAUUUUGACGAAAAUCGUAAAUAUUACAACCUUUCAAAACAUUUAUUACCAAACUCCUUUCAGAAUCGUUUUUCAUUAGCAAAGAUUAAUCAUUGCUUACGAAUAUACAUUAAAUUCUUCUAUAUAUUCUACCUUCUCAAAUUCUCACCUACAACAGUAGGGUGAGACCCACCAAUUGUGCAAAGUAUGAAGACUUUUUCUUUUUGACCCCCUCCACAUAUCACUGUGAAACAAAUUUACACCACUGGUUAACAGUAAAUAUGUACUUGUAUAAUUUAUUUUUUUUCGAGUAGAAUGCAAAAGAAUUGAAAAAAAUAAAAAUGCAUUCUUCAAUCUAUAGGUAUCUCGAUUUCGACAUUUUAAUGAUUUUUUUUUUUUCAGUAAAACCCACGAUUGAUGCAGGGAACGAUGAUGUAACCGUCGUUCUGUAUGAAGGCGAAGAUUAUUCAAUGACGUGUUCGGGCAACGGAAAUCCAUCGCCCAAAAUGGAAUGGUUUUUCAUAAGUUCGGGUAUGUUAUUUUUUGUUUUUCAUAUUUUUAUUUUUAUCAUUCUUCAUUGAUAACUAACAUGUUUUUAUUUUUUUAUUUUUUUUGUUUUCAGAUCACAUUUUCGUCUACAAAGGUUCGAGAUUGAUUAUUUUCGAUGCAACGCCGAGCGAUUCAAACUUGUACACAUGCAGGGCUACGAACAUAAACGGAGUCGCCGAAAAAAAAUAUAAUAUUAUUGUUAAAGGUGUGUAUUCCUAGGUGUGACCUAUCGUGGUUACGGGUCUCCGUAUCCGUGGAUGGUAACCUAUCGCAGUAUCUGACUGGUUUCCUAAACACGACCACCAAGAUUGCCAAGAGGUUCAAAAGUACAAUCGCUAAUACAGAGUGUUAAAAUCGCCCAAAAUUGUCAAGUACUCAGAUAAAUUCGCCCAAUUUCACCAAAUAUACUGUUAUCAUAUAAUAUGCAUAUUGAUAAAACACCAAAAUAUUUCUAAUCACGAUUGAAGAUGUUUAUUUUUAUUUAAUGCAUAGAUAAUUAUGAAGAUUUAUUAUCUUUAGUUUAAUGCUCUUUUAAUGUUGAUAUUAUCAUGGUUAUUCAAAUGUAUGAAGGUAUACUUAGUUAAUAGUAAACUAGUACAACACAUUUAUACGUUUAGUCUAUAUUCACUAUUAACUAAGUGUAAACAAUUAUAGUUUAUAUAAUCAUGUGCUACAAAAACAGAUAUAAAAUUGUAAUGUUUAAUAAUGAGUAUUGACGUGUAUUUAGGUAAUAUGUACUUUUUUCUUGUUUUCUUCUUCUUUUUCACUAGCAUUUACAACUCUACUAGAAUUUUUACUACCAUUACUACAUACCUCCAUCUCUAUCGAUCUUGAAUAAUUUCCUUUCAUUCUUGUACUCCUAGAUCCUCUUCUACUACAUCUAGCCUCGGUCGUCUACCUUUUCUCUUUCGUUUUCUAUUCCAUAACUGCUCUGAUGAUUUCUUCUUAGCUUCUUCUCAUAAUAUGACCAAACCUCUGAAUUCUUUGUUCUUUUAUGUAACAAGUGGCUGGUGCUAAGCUCAGUUCUUCCUGAAGUUCCUUAUUGAACUUUCUUCUCUAUGAAUUUAUCCUUGUAUCCCAAACAGUUCCGUAUAUCAUCCUCCAUAUUUUAUUUUCAAAAGCUCUAAGUUAUCUCACUGUCACACUUGUCGUUGUCCACACAUCACACCCAUAAUUAAGAGUGGUUCUAAUUAUCGCCGUGCCACAGUCUUAAUUUUGUUUUUUUUUUUUUUUUUGAGAGGUCUUUUGAUUUGAGAAAUUUGGACAGUACAAAAGAUGCUAUUUCUACCUUUGCUAUCCUCAUGCUAAUCUCAAAAACCAAUUAUUCCUUGUACUGAACAUCAGUCCUAUAUAUUUGAAUUCUUCAAUUUUUUCAAAAGCCAUUGCAUCUAGGUCGUCUUGGUAUGGUUUUCCGUCGAUAGCUCCAUUAUUUUGGUUUAUUCCAUAUUAAUCCAUAACUUUACUUUUGCUGCGGCCCUUUUAAGAGCCAUGAUUAAACCUAAAGCACUCUCCAGUUAUUCACUAAAAAUAUUCAGAUCAUCCGUAAAACCCAGAACAUGUACCCAGCAGUUAUUAACCGCCACCCCACUUGCUUCAACUCGCAUCAUUCUCACUGCUUUUUCUAGCUAAAAUAAACAAUAACAGGGAUAAUGCGUUGCCAUUUUUUGAGCAGGUUUUUACUGUAAAAAUCUUCGAUAAUGUGCUGUCUACCCUUACGUGGUAUUUUGUUUCUUCCAUACAGAUUUUGAUAAAUGUCACUUAUAAGGUAUUCCAAAUUCUUCCAUAAUAUUAUACAGACUCUCUCUAUAUAUAUGCUAUCUUACGCUUUUUUAAAGUCCACAAAUAUCUGCCAAAAAUCUAUACGUGUACCGGAAAUUUGUGUAUUUACGUAUUUAUCUUAAAAAAUUUUAUUAGUAUUUUAGAUUCUGAGUGGAUUGAAGAAGCUUAUAAUUUUACAAAAGUGCAACUUCUCUACUAGAAGACUUGCUCGAAUUUAUACGUGUAGCAUUUUUUGUGAAAGGAAACCGUUGUCAAGAGGUACAUUAGGGAAGUAAUUUUUCGAUUUUCUUAUCAAAUGCAAAAACCUAAAAAAAAAACGGGAAAAUGUAUAAAAUAUAAUAAAUUAUAUAUAAUAAACGAUUUCUUUUUUUCUGUGAACAACUUUUCUAUCAGCGAUUUUGCUCCAACUUUUAAUGAAAGCAAUGUUUCUUAAAGGAAAUUUCACUAGAGAGGUACUUUAGACAGGUUAUUUUUCGAUUUUUUAUGAUUUCUCCCAGCAAAUGUGAAAAAUCAAGAUAAAACAUAUGAAAACAGGAAACAACGUAGGAAAAUUGGAAAAAUCGGUACAACAUUAAACAAAUAUUAUAAAAGAAAAUAUAUAAAGUCUAUAUAAUUACUUUUCUAUAAAAUUACAUAUUUAUUGUUGACACGUAUUCACUAUCGACUGAACUCCGCACAAAAUCGUUUUUUCGUAGGCAAUGGUUUUUUAUUGCAUUGUGUUGUACAUUAAAUUAUCUAUAAUAGUGGCUGCAUCCAUCCCCAUUAUCCUAGGACGUCUUUUUUUUUUCUUUUACCGACAAUUUUAUUUUAUAAACCACAUUUAUUAUAAUAUAUACUAGAUGUAACACAAAGAUUUUAUAUCUGAAAAAACUUGUUCUGUUCAAUAUUUUCAAAAAUUUUUUUCUUGUUAUUAUUAUUUCUAGAGCCCUGUCCUGUUUUUUUUUUUACUUUUAAAAACUAAAAAUAAAUAAUUGUAAUUUUUUCCAAAAUUGUUUUUACAUAAUCCAAGAUAGAUAUAUUUUACAAAUAUAUCGUGGAAAAAAAUGUUGGCAGUAUAAAUAUUUAGUUAUGACGAAUAGUCAAGUUUCUACAAUAUUUAUUGUAGUUUACAAAAGCCAUUUUUGAUGGACAAAUAUAGGCCAAUCGAUAGAUAUUAUUUAGAGUGACAAUAAAAACAAUUUAAAUUAUUGUUAAAUUUGUCGGAAAAUUAACGAUUUGUCAUAAGUUUAAUAUAUUAAUAAUUUUUUCUUAUUUAAUACUAAAAUGUAAGAUUUUGUAAAAACAAUUUUUUAUUUUAGUUUUUAAAUAAAGUGACUAGCACAUAGCUCCAGUAGUUUUCACAAGAAACGUAAAAUAUUGAACAGAACAAAAGUUAUUUCAUGUAUCAGAUCUUCUUGAUAUUGCCUGUAUAUAAUGUGAAUAUAUAUUUAUUUUUUCUUGAAAUUUUUAUGUGUCUAUAUAAAUAGUCAAUACGACGAAAUCGCUAGCGAAUGAAUCGUUGACCAAAACACAAUCUGAAGACGUAACCAUGAAGUGCCCGUUUCAAAACAUCAGCGUUAAUUGGUUGAAGGUGAGAAACGAAACUAUUCACAGACUGUGCUCAUAUCGUAUUAUUGUUAUAGUGUUAUAUUGUUAUGACAGAUGAAUUUUAAAAUUUUACUCACCUAAUUUACAAACAAAUUUUAAAAACAAUAAAUAUUCGAAUUGAAUUUAACAGGGAUUAUUUUCAAUUUAAACAUGUGUGGGUGUGUGUCAGAGUUUAGUAUCUUGCGCAAAAAAAUUCAAGAGGAUUUCUUUCUCGUCCCCCCGCGUUUAAUCUAAAUCCCCUUUGCGGAUCUCCAUGUCAACUUGAAUCUCGACGUCGUUUUCUUUCUUUUUUUUUAAUAUAACAUCGUGAUGUUAUUAAAUAAAUCGUAUACUGUACAGUCUUCGCAGCUCGUCAGUUCUGUCACAUUGUUUAUUUUAAUUCGUUUAACCACAUCAUAUAAACUGUGAUUGACCAUGGGUUUUUGUAAACAUUUUCAAAUUAUAUUUUAUCGAACUGUUGUGGUAUUAGUAGUGAAAUAUAAAUUACUUUUAACCACGAUUUUAUCUUUGCACUAAGUUUGACUCAACUGUUAGACCAUUUAGUUCUCCGUUCGUCUCUACACAAAUCCAAAUCUAGGGUAUUAUCAAAACUUAUCUUUUAUGUAUAGCUGUUUACUUGUGUCAGUUUUAAUAAAAGUUUUUGCAAUAAUAUUGCAUUCGAUUGCUAUAUAAUUAAUCUUUGUCAUAAGAAUUUACAAGGACAAAUUCUCGUAAUUCUCUUUCUUUCUCUAUAGACAGAGAUUGGGGAUCUAGGGGAGCUUAGUCCACUAAACCAUUAAUAGCGUCUUAAAAUUAUGGAAAAAAAAUUAUUAUAAAUUAAAUCAAGUCUCCGCUUGUACGUACUUCUUCUAUUGUUUUAACGAGAGUUGAUAUAACAACUCUCGGCUUCACCCUACCCGUUUCUGUAGUCCGUUUUCUUUUUCACUGAUAAAUACAAACCACAUAUUUGUUCAUUUGCAAAGUUUUAAACGGGGCCUCCCUGAGAGGGACGAGAAAGCAACAUGGCUCCCUCAUGCAUUAUAUGAUGUUCUAUACUUAUAAUACUUCUAUACUUUUACAAAUUAUCUUUAAUUUUUAAAUUCAAAUUUAGACAAACAUUUUUCAUUCUUUACAAAUGUUGUAAUUUUUGGUCCCCCCACUCCAUGGCAAUUGACCUGAAUACAAACCAGUAUGCCACGAUUAUGUGGUUAAUCCACUCUAAUUAAACUUGUCCAAAUUGUUCUUCUUACAAACGAUUUCCACUCUAUUGAAGCACUUCUUCACAUUUAUUCAUCAUAGUUUAUUAUUGUAGGUAGAAAUUUCCACGACAAGUAGGAAUAAUAGGAAUUUACGUACGUAUUUUCCCUUUUGAAAAAUUCUCUCAUCUAUUGUAAACCUCCACUUGCAAUAAAUGAGUACACAAAUAAAACUAUAAUAUUCAAUUUGUAUAUAACACGCGUAAUUAUCUAUUCGUGACUUGUAAUGAAAUUAAUGUGUUUAGGAUGGAACCAAUAUUAACAGUCUAGUCGAAAAGCGAGCAGAUGUAAAGCAUUUCAGUAUCAAAGAACAGUCGUUAAAAAUCUACGAUAUCGAAAUAGCAGAUACCGCCGUAUAUACUUGCAUGAACUCGAAUAACACUUAUACGUUCGACCUGAAAGUGCUAUUUCCGCCAAGUUUCAUAAAAAAUCCAGAGGAAACGUUUAUGUUGAAACGAAACGAUACGGUUUUAUUCGAUUGUAUGUCCGACGGUUAUCCAACACCAAAAGUAAGCAAAAAAACAUUUUUCAAUAAUAUUUUAUUGUACGAACGAAACGUGAUUUUAAAUUUUAAACUGAUAUUACUUACAAAAUUAUUGGAUUAUGUUUAUUAUUAGUAUUAUUUGGCGUUUUUAAGGUGGUGUGGAAGAAAAAAGAAUCGGUGAUGCCCAUAAAUCAAUGGACAACAAGCGGUGUGGAAUUCUUAGAGAACAAACAGAAACUUAAAAUCCAUUCGAUUGAUUGGGUCCACAACGGGACUUACAGUUGCUACGUUAGAAACGAUUUGGGCAAACUGGAACGCAAUUUCGAAUUAUUAGUUUUCUAAUAGCGCGUUGUGGCAAUAAGCAACCAUUUUUCAUGUCAUUAUAAACUGUCUAAAAAUUAUUUUUUUUUUGUUUAUACCAGCGUUUCUCAAUCUUUUUUCAUUCAUGUACUCCUUGACCUCUUACCACUGCUUUACGGACUCCUAAACAACGCUACGCUAUCAGACUAGAUAAAAUAUAGUGUACACGUGCCGCCGUCUAUAAUGAUAUUAUACUCUUAUUAUACCUAUUAUACUUGAAUGUAUUAUGAAAAACCUAUUUACAAUAUUUACAAUAUUUCACAAAUAACAAGCCAUUUCAAUAAAAUACAACAAAUUUCCUUUUUGCCGCCAUUACGCUUUUUAUUCCGCGAACGCCCUAAUACCUUCUCGCGGAUCCCUAGAGGUCGCAUACCCCCGGUUUAUAAACCUUGUUUAUACGACAGUAAACGCUCAAAACUUAUAUACCUAUUACAUAUUUUGUAUAUAUUAUAUUCAAUCGCACUUAAAUUAGAUACUACAUAAGAAAUAUAUGAAUCUUUGUUAUAAUAUUAAGUAAGUUCUGUAUGUAUAACAUUAAUAGUAAUCUCACUGUACAAAGAACGGUUUGUAUAAUGUUUAUGUAACAUUCCAAACGAAUGUUGAAACAUCAGUUUGGAACUUACCUAUUAGUUCCAAAUAUAUAGAUGUUUUUAUGGAAAACUUUGUUAAUAUAUUUCAGUUUUUUUUUUAUAUUUUUUUUAACACUUUAUUACUUAUUCCAGUAAAACUUUGAAAACAAAAUAUAAACAUUUCUUAACUUUUGUGGGACUUGAACUCAAACCUAAAAUGGCGGCGCCAGAGUUUUUUUUCAGGGCGGGCCAAUCGGAGGCCAACGUUUAUUAGGGCUGGCCGUGGGCAUAAUCGUGAAAUAAUGAUGCAUCCUUGGGGCGGAGGGGUUGAUAUCUCCGUAUGUAGGUACCUUUAUAAUAACUAAUUAUUAAUUUCAUCUUAAUUUUAAUUCUUUUGGUCCUUAUCCCCAAUUGAGCAGUUCUGGUUUCACCACUGGCACCGGGUCUAAAUGACCAAGAGACCAUAUUGGAGAUUAUUGAAUUGGAAAACAUAUAUGAUAAUUAAAUAAACCA